AUGAUUUCUGGGAAUAAAAUUUUCCAAACCUCAUCUCAUGAGAAUAAUAUUGACAAUAACAAGAUCGUGGGGGAACGUGAGGGGGGUUUUAGUUUCCUGGUGGAAGAAGUAGUCGUAUCUUCUGAUGGAGAAGAAAUAAACGAAGAAAAUAAUAAAUGUGAUGAUAGUUUAGAAACAAAUAUUGUUCAUGAAGAUGAAAAACCUCGUGUUGGAAUGAUAUUUAGUUCUAAAGAUGAACUUACAGAGUAUUACAAGAGAUAUGGUCAAUCUGUGGGUUUUGGAGUUACUAAACUUAGUAGCAAAAAUGGAGAUGAUGGAAAAAAAUAUUUUACUCUAGCAUGCAGUCGUGGAACGAAGUAUGUGAGCAAGUCAAAGAAUCUUUUGAAGCCAAAUCCUAUAACAAAAACCCAAUGUAAGGCUAGAUUGAAUGGAUGUAUUUGUUUAGAUGAAACAGUUACUAUUUCAAGUAUUGUUCUUGAGCAUAAUCAUGACCUAAGCCCUACUAAAGCACGCUAUUUUAGAAGUAGUAAGAAGUUGGAGCCUCAUUUAAAAAGGAGGUUAAAACUCAAUGAUCAAGCUGGAAUAAAUGUAAACAGAAAUUUUCGAUCUUUGGUUGUUGAAGCGGGUGGAUAUGAGAAUCUGACAUUUGGUGAAAAGGAUUGUAGAAACUACAUAGAUAAAGUAAGGAGACUGAGACUCGGGAUAGGAGAUGCUGAUGCGAUUCAAAACUAUUUUGUCAGGAUGCAAAAGCAAAAUAGCCAAUUCUAUUAUGUAGUAUACAUUGAUGAUAAUAGUCGUCUUCGAAACGUGUUUUGGGCUGAUGCGAGAUGUCGGGCUGCAUAUGAAUAUUUUGGUGAAGUUGUUACAUUUGAUAUAACUUACCUAACAAAUAAAUAUGACAUGCCUUUUGCUCCUUUUGUUGGAGUAAAUCAUCAUGGGCAAUCUGUGUUAUUGGGUUGUGCUUUGUUAUCAAAUGAGGAUACUGAGACCUUUACUUGGUUGUUCAAAACCUGGUUAGAUUGCAUGCAUGGACGUACCCCAAAUGCCAUAAUUACUGAUCAAGACAAAGCCAUGAAAAAAGCAAUUGAGGUUGUUUUUCCAAAAUCUCGUCAUCGAUGGUGUUUGUGGCAUAUAAUGAAAAAGGUUCCUGAGAAGUUAGGUAGACGCUCUGACUAUGAGUCUAUCAAAGCACUUUUGCAUGAUGCUGUAUAUGAUUCUUUGAGUAAAAGCGAUUUCAUGGAAAAGUGGGAAAAAAUGAUUGAAGAUUUUGAACUUUGGGAUAACGAAUGGUUGAAGGGCUUAUUUAAUGAAAGAAAUCGUUGGGUUCCUACAUAUUUGAGAGACACAUUUUGGGCAGGAAUGUCAACAACACAAAGAAGCGAAAGUAUGAACUCAUUUUUUGAUGGCUAUGUAAAUUCAAAGACAACAUUGAAGCAAUUUGUUGAACAAUAUGACAAUGCAUUGAAAGAUAAAAUUGAAAAGGAAAAUCUGGCUGAUUUUGGUUCAUUUAAUACAUUGAUAGCUUGUGUAAGUAAUUUUGGCUUUGAGUCUCAAUUCCAGAAAGCAUUCACCAAUGCAAAAUUCAAAGAAUUUCAAGAUGAAAUUGGAGGGAUGAUUUAUUGUCAUACUGUCUUUGAGAGAUUGGAGGGAUUGAAUUCUAUAUAUUCUGUUAUAGAAAGCAAGAAAAAAUUUGACAAAAUAAAAGACAUAAUUUUCAAGGUAUCCUUCAAUGAGAAAGACUUUGAGAUACAAUGUAUGUGUUGUUUAUUUCAAUUCAAAGGUAUUUUAUGUAGGCACAUCCUUUGUGUGCUUAAGCUAACAAGAAAAACAGAGUCAAUACCCUCUUAUUAUAUUUUCUCACAGUGGAGGAAGGAUAUAAGGAGAAGACACACCCAUAUUAAAUGUGGUUUUGAUCAUUUAGUUGGAAAUGUUGAAUUGCAAAGAGUUGAUAAAGCGUGUGCUGCCUUUUACGAAGUAGCUUCUAUGGUGAUAAAUAAUGAUGACGAUUUGUUAAAAAUGAUGAAUCAGAUCAAGGAAAUAAAAAUUGAGUUUACCUCUAAAGAAACAUCCCCUGACAUUAUAGAAGAAGAUGGUUUCAGUGAAGAAAUUGUGAAAAGGAAGUCUUCUAAAGUUGAUCAAAUUGUGAAGAAAUUUGCAAAAAAGAGGAUCCAGAUAAGAAGUAAAAAAAGUGGAAAAGAUCAAGGUCAAAAUGAGAACUUGUGUGCAUCUAGAGUACAAGAGAGUGUUCAAGUAAUUGAUGGAAUUGACACACAAGAGAGCAUUCAAGUAAGUGAACAAAGUAGCUUUGGGUGGAAUGGACAAAGUGGUACAUAUAAUUUAGCUCCCUUCAAUCCAAACUCAGUACUUAUUGGUGAAGUAAAUCAGGUUCCAUUUUAUUCUCAAGUCAUGAAUCAUGAUGUUUCCUAUUUUGAAUUGCUACAGGCACAACACCAUGUGAAUGUGAAUGAUCCGUCAUCAUCAACAACACGCGAAUCAUACAGAGAUGAAGCGAAUGAUUAG